AUGUUUGCCGCAGGACUCCAACCUGCCAACGACGUGGUGCAUUUGCAAGAAUACAGGAAGCGAUACGCCUUUUAUCGUCUUGAUCCGGACUUGCAACGUCUCUCUGCAGCUGCGCCAAUGAUAUCCAUUUGGGACGACCACGAAGUUGCCAACGACGAUUGGAUGCAUGGUGCCGAGAAUCAUCAAUCCGACCAGGGGAACUUUGAGGCCCGCAAAACUGCGGCGAUCCGAGCCUAUCACGAAUGGCUUCCAACUCCAGAUUUCGAGCUACACAACGCCACAGCUGCUCCAUGGAUGCGCUGGCGACGGUUUGACUUCGGCCAGUUGGCGACACUUCUGAUGCUGGAGACCCGACUCUGGGCUCGGACCUCCCAGGCAGAGAUGACCACUGCGACGGUCUAUCAUGACAUCCUAGGAAAAUUGGAGGGUUUCUUGGGAAUUUCGCCCUAUGCGUGGCCUGGUGGAGAGAUCGAACAGGAGUUGGCCAAAGUGCGCUCCAAAGUCGAGGCUCACAGGAACUUGCCACAGAAGCGAAUGCUUGGAGAGGAGCAGUUGUCGUGGAUCAGAGAGCAAGUGGAACAAGCUGAGCAGCAAUGGCUGCUUGUGGGACAGCCCCAGGUAGUGCAGGAGCUGAUGACCCCAAACUUCUUUCAGGCCAUCACAGAGAAAAAGAAAGGCGAUGCAGACACAGCAAAGUACUGGUCUGCAGUCCUGCACAACGUCACCAAACUUGGUUUUACUUACCAAGACUUCCAGGCUAAGAAGAACUUUACGACCACCCGAGAGAUGCGAAACUCUUUCCUGCUGGACCUGGCAGCAGGUGCCUUCGGCAUCCAGCUCAACUUCGACAGCUGGACUGGAUACGUGGCCGAACGCCAGCGUUUCAUUGAGGUCCUCAGCAGGGCCCAGGAGCGACGAGGUCCGACCGUUCCUUUCGUUCCCAUCGUCUACGGCGGCGACUCCCACAACGCCUGGGCAGGCCCUCUGAAAAGAGAAGAUGGCAAGGUUGCCGCGGUUGAUUUUGACGGCAUGUCAGUGACCAGCCCCGGAGCAGAGCAUGCGAGACCUUUCUUCCCACCGGACUUCGAAGCAGCCGCCUGGCACGCUGCCAACCCCGACUUGGUGUGGGCAGACACGUCCAAACGUGGCUUGAUGCUUGUACACCUGGAUUCAGCAGUCCAGCAUAUCGAGUAUAUCGCAGUAGAUGUCGAAGCGCCUAGCAUAGGCUCCUCCACGUCCGAGUGCUUGGCAGCCUUUGAUGUAAAACAUGGAGAAGCGACAAUACGACCAAGCAGUUGCAGGGCCAAAGUUGCAGCUGAAACUGUAUGUACGACUCAACCUACCGCGGAGCUCGGCUUUGGGCCUGCUCCAGUGAUUGCUUCGGCAUGCCUCGGCAUCGUCGUUGGUGCCGUGGCUGUCCUGGCACGCAGAAGAUCUCGCAAGUACCAGCACUGCGAGGAGGCCAAGGCGGACUUCGCCGUGCCGCCCAGCCGCCUUGGCCAGUAG